UUUUAUUCCCUCCUUAACUCACAAAAACACUCACAGUUUUCCCUCCUCUUUUAUUCUCUCUACUCUUCACUACCUGCGCCUCCUCACCACCACAACUAGCGGCAGCCACGUUUCACCCCCACGACAAGAAAGCGGCAGCACCAGCAGCACCGCAGCCUUCUCCCACCGGAAACUGGGCUGCGUCGCCCCACGAGCAGCCAGCAGCCGCAUGUGUUUACUCCUCCCAGCAGCAGCACGCUGCGUGUCUUUUCCCCACCAGCAACCGGGCUGCUUUGUGCCGCCAGCAGGAGCAGCCGCACUCGGUGCUUCCUCCACCAUCUCACACGGUUCCUGGGUCACCACCACCACAUUAACCACUUGUUUUUCACCCCUUUUGUAGUUUCACCUUUGUAUGUAAUUACAAAAGAUGAAGCCCUUGAUAUAUUUUGGUGCAACUGUGACUGAAACCAUAUUUUUUGCACCAUGGCCAUAACUGUUUUGGAAUUGCGUUAUGAGCUUUUAUACUUGAUGACGAGCUUUUGUUACAUUGCUGCUAGGAGGGUUCUGGGUUUUCUCAUUUCUGCAUAUCAACCAACUUUGAUUCGAAGCACACAAUGCUAUUUUCCCUGUCUUAAAAGUAGAAUAAUGUUGAAAAAAGCGAUGUACUCUAGGUGUAGCACCAGUCCAUCUGCUAUGCUUCAGCUGAUUCGUAAUGCUCAUACCAAAUUGUUCGUUGGAGGGCUUUCCUUUGAUUCCAACGAAACUGUAUUACGGGAUGCUUUCUCAAAGCACGGUGACAUUAUUGAAGUUAGGGUUAUAUGCGAUCAUGUCACAGGCAAAUCAAAAGGAUACGGAUUUGUGAAGUUUGCCUCUGAAGAUAGUGCUGCAUCAGCUCUUAAAGAAAUGAAUGAUCAGGUUGGAUUCUUGUCACUAUCGCAUACGAUCUUGAAGCUAAAUUUUCCGUGUUUAUUAUCUACAUAUGAUCUUGAAGCUAAAUGCUUAGCGGCUCAGCAGGUAUUGGACGGGAGGAGUAUCCGUGUUUAUCAUGCUCACAAAAACUGAUAAGGGUGUUUCUUAUGCACUUUGUAGGUUAAAACCUCUUGUUCUCAAUCUACAAUGUGAUAAUAAUUGGAUAUGCCUAUCAAGGGCAAAAUGAAAGAUAAAAAGAAUAGACGAUAGAGAAUCCUUAAAUAUGGCCUUUUAGCAAGAAUCUACUUGCAAGCACGAAUGCAUAAUCAAAAAGAAAUACAAGCAAAUAACAAUUUACAAGAACCAAGAUACAAAGGAGAUGUUGAAUUGUUGUUGCUUCGCUGUUGUGGUUAUGCUAGUGCUCAUAGUUGUCGACCUGUUGAUAUUGUCGAAGGGAAAAUCAACCUCAUAGUUCAAUCCCCCAUUUGCGGAUAAAUGCUUCUGCUUCUUCAGUAUUGACAGUAUCAGGCUAUGGCUUAGAUUGAUCAAAUGAAAAUGAAAAUGAAAAUUUUUUUAAUAGUUAUUUAAAAUUUUAUACCCCUAAAAAUACUUACUUGGAACACCAUAGAAUUUUUAUAUUAUUUAAUUCGGAUUCAAAUAAUUUUGAACCUAUUUUAUUUUAUUUAUAGAUAAAAUGCCUAUACAAAAGAAUAAAAUACCAUACAGACUUUUAUAAGUUUAAAUGGCCUAAUAAACAU